AAUAUAACGGAAAGCAAAAUAAAGUAAGCCACCAGUCACGACUGCUCAUCUCCUACACCGCCCCUGUUCCUGGUCCUCUGUCUCUACCUGCAAGAUGGAGAACACAGUCCCAUGGUCCGAUCUCCCCAAGGAGCUCUGGUGGAUGAUCGCGAAGCGGCUCGACACCCCCACCGACGUCCGCCGAUUCCGCAGCGUCUGCUCUUCCUGGCGCUCCCUGAUCCCUCCGCUCCCCCACCACAACAACCCUCCUCUGUUCUCCCUGAAGCUCCCUCUCCGGCCGAGCCAAAAGCACGCCUUCGUCACUCAGUCCACGCUCUACCGCCUCCAGCCGCCGGAGGAAUCCGGCCCGGCCUUUGGCUGGCUGGUCAAGCUCGAAGAAUCCGGGGAGCCGGACCGUCCGCUCCGCCUCCUGAGUCCGCUCUCGAAGCAGCCCAUCAAGUACAAGCCCGGUUCCUUUCCUAACGUGUUGAACACUUUGGACUUCAGGGUCACUGAGGUUGCUAAAGAGUACGCCGUCGAGGUCGAUGACGGGGUCAAUUUGCGCCGUGUGGCGAAGGUAGCUUUGUUCCCCGAUUCGGCGUGGGCCGAUGCAGGGGAGUGUACGGUAGUUGGGAUUCUUGAAGGAGGGAAAUUGGGGUAUUGGAGAUAUGGGGAUGAGGAUUGGAGUGUGAUUGAAGGCCAAGGUUGUCAUUUUGAUGAUGUCAUGAUCUACAAAGGGCAGUUCUAUGCUGUGGAUGGGCUUGGGACCGUGUCGUGGAUCGACCCGUCUUUUCGGGUCGUGCAGUUCUCGCCACCCAUGUGUGGCGGUGGCGACAGGAAGCACCUGGUGGAGUCGGGUGGCGACCUCUACGUGGUGGACCGGUACCUUGAGGGGAGCGGUGUGACGAGGUACCGGAAUAACCGGGAGGUCGGCAAGGAGACGGUUAGGUUUAGAGUGUAUAGGUUGGAUCAAGAAUGGGGCAAAUGGGAUGAAGUGAGGAGCCUCGGUGAUGUGGCCCUGUUUCUGGGUGAUCACAGUUGCUUCACAGUGUCUGUGCAAGAGUUUGGUGGGUGCAUUGGGAACUGCAUUUACUUCACUGAGUUGAAUGAUUUAUAUGGUGCUAAAGUUCAUGUCUUUUGCAUGGAGGACCAUAGCAUCAAGAGGGCGGCGUUCUCGCCGGAUUACUUGAGGAUCCUGUGGCCGCCUCCGGCUUGGAUCAGCCCCAGCCCAUGCCCCCUGGAUCCGAAAACUAUUUGGCCAGUUUUCUAGUUCGAUCUGGAACGGUUUCGAUUUCGAGCCGAAUUGGGUUUGUAAUUCGAUUUCGAGUAUGAAUGAAAAGUGAAGUUGUAAUCGCUUCGUGAGAUAUUGAGAAUCCAUAUUCUGUUGACUUGCUGAA